AUGGACGCAGCGCUUUUGCUUCGAGUUUACCAAACACUGGUGGGAGUCGUUGGUGUAUUUGGCAAUGGCCUAGUUUGCCUUGUCAUCUAUCGUGUCUCCUCCAUGCAUACCACGACCAAUGCUUUCAUCUUCAACCAAGCAGCCAUCGACUUGUUCGGAUCUCUCGUCAUGGCUGUACGGAACAACAUGCCGGACCUUCUCGGUGUCAAUAUUCCUGGUGGUAUAGCCGGUUUUCUUCUCUGCAGGGUUUACAAUGCUUACGCAGUCCAGUUUUCCUUAUUUACGGCUUCGACAUAUAACUUGAUGACAGUCACUUUAGAGCGUUACAUUGCCAUUGUCUACCCCUACACUUAUCCAAAGAUAUUCGGUAAACGCAAAGCAGUAGGAGCAUUCCUCGCAGCUGGAUGGGUUCUAGGAUUCGUCGUUUCUUGCGGUGCUGCUGUUGUUAUUAACUACCAUCAGAAUGGCUACUGCGCUCGUGCGUCUGGUGUGGGUGCGUUGGGCGUAGCAGUGGUCAUGCUCAACUUUUUCAUCCCUUCAUUGGUCAUGCUGGUGUCUUACAUGCACAUCACUAUUGUCCUGAAGAGAAGUGCAGACAGAGUGGCUCCUGGUCUGGCUACACUGACAAGGCCUGCUGCUGACCAAGAGAACCAAGAAGGUACGGCACCAACUACCGGUACUGCAGCAGGCACCUCACAGCCAGAAACCCAGGGAGAGUCCCUCCUUCGGGCAAGGCGUAACACCUUCAAGACCCUCUUGCUCGUCUUUGUUGUUUUCGUCAUCUGCUGGCUCCCCCAUUCGACAAUCUUCUUAGUCUUCGAUCUUGGAGGAAGUGUUCAAUUCAGUGGUAUCCUGUUUUAUUUUGGCGCUUUUACCCUUACGGUAAAUGUUUGCGUGAAUCCGUUCAUCUACGCCGUCAAAUACAAACAGUUCCGGGCCGGCUUCAGAAGAAUGGUGGGUCUUCAAACUGUAGCUGGUGAAUGA